UUCAGUCAUUUCAUCACUGCUGCAGGAAACCAGUCAAUGUGCUGCAUUAGAGCAAAACUGUGAAAGCCACUUACAUAACUUUAAAUAUAUUUCAUCAUGCACUAAAGUAAGUACGGUCUGCAUACAGUGAUGGGGAUACAUUUCCCUGCCACAGAGGGUUCAGUCAUGGAGGAGGUCAAACAGAAACAUCUGCAGUUGUCAGCACGGUGGAAACGUGCACAUGUGCAUUUGGCUUUUUAAAUCUUUAAAUCUGCCAGCGCGGCUUUCAACAGCCAGCUUUUGUGCAGACGUUUCUGCGGGUGCAGCGUCCAGUGCACACCGUGUGAAGUGGAGAGAGGAAGAUGCCAGCCCCUCCUCCCCCACCACCCCCGGGGCCUCCCCCUCCACCCACCUUUUCCUCUGCCAACACACAGAAGCCAUCUCUCAACCGCUCAGAUCAAAAUGGAAGGUCCGCUCUGCUGUCCGACAUCUGUGGUGGAUCUAGAUUAAAGAAAACCGUUACCUGUGACCGCAGUGGACCUUUGCUGGACAAACCUAAAGGAGGAGGAGGAGGAGGAGGAGGAGGAGGAGGAGGAGGCGGUGGCGGUGGUGGCGGAGGUGGCGGCGGCGGCGGCGGAGGUGCUGGUUUAGGAGGCCUGUUUGCAGGAGGGAUGCCAAAACUGAGGUCUGCAGGAAGCAGUGGUAGAAAUGACUCAGCACCGAGCCGAGGACCGGUGCUCCCCCCAGGAGGUCGCUCUUGUGGCCCCACCCCCUUCGGUGGGGGUGGAGGCUCAACUGGACCACCUAAGCUCCCAGGAGCCCCUGCUGGUGGCCGUGGCAGCUUCCCUGAUCUUCCAAAGGGUAGACCGAGUCUCUCAUCCAGACAAGACACUCCGGGAGGCCCCCCUCCUCCUGUACCCAGCACACCUCGACCAAACCAGGGCUUCCAGCCUCGUGGAGGACUUCCUCCGCCAGCCCUCCCUGGCGGACCCAGGCCCAGCCCGUCUUCUGGACCAACACCUCGUGGUCUUCCAUCAGGGAGGCACGGACCUCUCCCUCCCCCACCAGGAGGCUCCUCAGCUGGGCCAAGACCAGGGUUCUCUGCACCUCCUCAUCCAGCCCCAAACAGCAGCAGACCUUCCUUUCCGCCAACUGCUGGAGGGAGGCCUCCGCUUCCUGACGACCGACCCCCACCGCCACCCGUUGGAGGUCAUCGCCCGUCUAUGCCCCGCGAUGUGCCCCCUCCCCCUCCCUCCAUCAACUCCAAGCCUUCCUCCUCGGUCUCUUCCUCCUCCCCCUCUCGUCCCUCAGUCGGUGGGGGUGCGCCACCUCUCCCGCCGGGACGACCGGGCCCCCCUCCUCUCCCGCCCUCCCCCGCUGGAGGGGACGACCACAGCACCCCUCGUCUGCCCCAAAGGAACCUGUCACUCAACAGCAUUGCUCCAUCUCCACAACACGGUCGGGCAGGACCUCUCCCCCCUCCACCAAACGAGAGACCGCCAUCUCUCGGAAGGAACCAGUCCUCCACACGCACAGGCCCUCUUCCUCCCCCUCCUCCCACAGGUCGUGUAUCGGGAGGCGGCAGUGUGAGGUCAUCACCCGCUCCUUCUCCCAUUGGUCGGCCAGGCCCGGAGCCCCCCCGCGGUGGACCCGGCGGUAGACCUCCUCUUCCUCCGGACCGGCCGGGUGUCGGAGGGCCCCUUCCUCCUCCACCACCCAUGGGUAACGGCUUCCAGAACUCCCACCACAACCAGAUACAGGAUGAGUGGGAGAGUCGCUUCACGUUCCAUCCGGUCUCGGACCUUCCUCCACCUGAGCCCUACGUGUCCUUCCAGAAGACUUACCCCAGCAAGAUCGGCAAGUCGGACGGCAGAGGUUCUGGUAAAAAGGAGAGAGGAGCCCCCCCUCUUCCUCCUAUACCCAGGUGAAGAAGAGGUGGCAGCAAACACAACCCCUGGGACUGCUUUCUCUCUUUCCCUCCCUUACACUCUCUCUCUCUCUCUAUCUGUUGCACUCAUUCGGCCUCAUGCAGGAACAACUCGUACGAACAGAUCCGUUCUUCAGUGGCUCGUAGGAGUGAUUUAGGAGAACGUUUUUCACCAGUUAUCCUGUAUUUUGAAUUUUGUUUCCGGUACGAACACAUUGGUCCAAACCUAUGUGACAUAAGUCUGCUGUUAUUUAAGAUUUCCACUCAUGGGUUGUAUAUUUUCUUAACUUUUAAGCAAUUUUGAGUGUAAAAAAACACGAUUUAAUUACACUUCAUGAAUAUGUUGACAUUAUUCUGUUUGAAUUAUUGGCUAGUAUAAUUCUAAAUCUAUUCAUAAAGCCUAACAAUAUCAACAUUCAUUGAAAAUAUAAACAUAAACAGCCUAAAUGAUUUGACCCUUUUGCGAAGUCAUCCAUGUCCUUGCUGUAUGGACACACAUCUUGAAUGGAUCCGUUUCCUCUUUAUUUCAGUGACAGUUUGACCCUCAGAUGAGACAUUUCUUGUCUUUAACAGGUCUCUUAAUUCUGCUGCUGUUGCUGUUAAAAAUUCUCGACUUUUCUUUAUGGAUCCUUGAAAGCAGGACUUCAAUACAGGACACAUUGGACAGAACAAGAAGCCUUAUAUGCUAUUAUUGGGGCGUUAUUUAUGUUAAUUUACACUUCUCAUGAAUGCACGUUUGUUUACACACAGGUGGCACUUGUCAUGUUUAAGCUUCUCUUUUACACAGUUACCUGAAGUUAGGAGUGUUUGUUGAAUCUCACUCGUACGAGCCCAAAAAAGAAAGAAAGUUAAGAUAAGAAUCCGAGAUAUUCUUGCACGAGGCCAAAUGUGCUUUUACCUGCAGUGUGUGGUUUCAUCUGUGGACUGCAACAUGUAGCAUGGACCUGAAGUAUGGUUGACCAAGUAAAAAAAAAAAUAGUUCACAUCACGUGCCUCUGUAGCAGCACAGACCAAAGCCUGUUUAUUACUCCGGUACACUGUGUUCAGACAGAAAGAAAGAAAAAAGUUGUUCCUCUUCUGGGCACUUUGAAAAACAUGUUUUACAACCAUGCUGUUGCUGGACGAUGCUUUAUCUAAUGUUGAACAUUGACUUCCAUCAGCUAACCUUUUCAUCCUUUGCUUACUGUGGUUGAUGGAUUCCAUAUUUUGCUUCCUAGAUAUUAUAUUUUAGCGAUCAGCUCCACCUUUUUCUACAAUAAUCCAAACUCUUACUUGACAAACAAACCAGCGUUGGGCAUGUAGCAUGUGUGACUUCUUUCCCCAGCCUGUUCACACAGACGGCAUUAGGUGAAGCUAAAUCAACAUGCUAAGGCAAUAUAACUGUCAAGUGCCAGUUCCAGUGCAGGGUUUAUAAUGCAACCAAUCAGCUUGCUCAAUGUGUUGUUCAUUUUCUUUCCACUGUUUUCCAGUGUGCCUUUUUGUUUUCUCUAUUCAGGAUUGUAUCUUCAGGCUGCUUCAAAGAGUUAAGGGAAUUAGCCUUCUGUGCCUUAAAUUAUGUGUGUGUGUGUGUGUGUGUGUGUGUGUGUGUGUGUGUGUGUGUGUGUGUGUGUGUGUGUGUGUGUGUGUGUGUGUGUGUGUGUGUGUGUGUGUGUGUGUGUGUGUGUGUGUGUGUGUGUGUGUGUGUGUGUGUAUGUUUGUUCAGCUGGAUUGGAUCACCUCUGCUGAUGUAAAUUAAGCAAUACAGCGACGAUACGUAGAAUACUCAGUAUAGCAAAGUGUCGACGCAUAGAAAGACACGCAACCAAACUGAAAAUGGCCACAACCUCUUGCCACCGCUGCAUUAAGAAAUAAAAACAUCAGGGUGUUUUAUUUUUGCCAAAGCCACAUGUGCCUUUCACAGUAUGUUUAUCUACAUCUGUGUGUUUCUGUUGGAACCACUGAGCGGUACUUUUCAUUUGAUUGUUAAAUGUGACGUGACGUGAUGAUGUGUUUUUUGUGUGGCGUCACGGCAGCAUUGGUUUACAAUGGAAGUGAUUGUUUAUUUUCUGUUUUGCAAAAAAAGCUGCGAUAACUUACCAUGAAGGACCUGUGUAUGUAUCUGUAUGAUUUAAUCAAGAGGUAUUGAAGGACUGUAUUAUUUUAAGUUAUGUUUCUGUGCAGUAUUAUGUUUUUUCUUUUUUUUUUUGCUUCACCCAGCACGGCUUUGAAUGGUCUUUUGUAUGCGUGAUGUAUUAUUAUUAUCAUGUGUUGGUCAAAGAAACGUUUUCUUACAGACAAUCAUAUGGAAGUAAAUAUAUUUACAUCAACAAAUAAAAAUGCGCUUUAUGUGCUUUACCUGCAGUGAAAUGUGCAUUUAUUUUGCUACACAGAUACUUAAAGAGAGUGUUCACAAACAAGCAGAUGAAGUGAUUUAGUAUGUAUUAUCAGAUAAACAAUAUGCAUCAUUUACAUGUUUGUGCAAUAAAGUCAAGAAGAAA